AUGAUGCUGCGACGUUGGGUUUGCAAUGCGAGCAAUGCGAGCAGUGCGAGGUUGCGACUACCAACAAGGGUACCAGUCUGGUUGCCGGAUGGUAGUCCAGCUCGAUUGGCACAUAGAGCACCAAACCAGCUGGUACCUGGUAUGUCAUCGUUUCAAAUAUGGUCAAUACAGGUGCGAUGGGCUAGCGAUAAGAAUGCAGUGAGGAAGAGCAUCAAGGAGAAGAUUGCACAGUACAAGUUUAUCACAGAGCGUGACAGGACUCUGGCGCAGACGUCUGGUUUGUUUGCCAAGCUGAGGAUCAACACACGGUGGUUUCUGAAACGGUCCCUGAACAGGCCGUUCAAUACCGAUGAUAUCGGUGCUUUCAUAUCUUGGAUUCUAGUGAGCAACUUCAUCAUCCUGCUGCUGUGGACUACGUCUUUCGUCUCUGUGAUAAUAUAUCUCCUGAAUACUGUGUACGCACAGGAGUACGUAGCAGAGAAGAUUGGUAACUACCUGACCAGGAACACCGCAUUGUCUGUGGUUUUUGAGAGCGCUGUGGUGCCAGACUGGUCCUCGGGGAAGAUCAGCUUCAAGAAUGUUUUUAUAUCACGGAGGCCCAAAACCUCGCAUAGUUUCACCAAAGGUUCCCAGAAGGAAGCGGCUCAGAGGGCGAAAUUAGCACUGAGCGAAAGCCUGCUGGUGAACCGUGAGGAUUUCGACCACGGAAACUACACACAGUUCGAUCUGACUCUUGACCAGCUGGAUAUCUCUCUUAACUUGAGGAAAUGGAUCAAUGGUAAAGGGUUUAUAGACGAAGUGAUUAUCAAUGGGCUUAGGGGUAUUGUAGAUAGAACGCAUGUGGUAUGGAAAGCCAACGAUGAUCCCCGGAAUUACAAGAAUAUAGCACAGCCCGGUGAUUUUGAGAUUUCUAAUUUUAAGAUGAACGAUGUACUGUUCACACUCUAUCAACCUCAGGGGUUCAGGCCGUUCCAAGUCAGUAUAUUCAACUGUGAACUGCCACAAUUGCGCAAACAUUGGCUGUUCUACGAUAUAUUGAAUGCAAACAGCAUGAGUGGCACAUAUGACAACUCGAUGUUCACGAUUCAUAGGAAAUAUAACACACUUGGCGACGGAUCUUCAGAGUCGCCUGUGUCUCCCUGGAGGAAAGUGACACGAUUCAGGGUGGAUUCCCUGGAUGUAGACCAUCUCAAUGCGGGCAUUGAGGGGCCAUUCGGAUGGAUCACGGAAGGCAAAGUUAACAUGAUCGGUGAUGUUCUUUUACCAGACAAGAAUGCCGAUUCUUUACAACUCACAGAACUUUUAACGGAGAUCAGUAACAGACUUAUCAAACAGGCAAAGAUGUAUAAUAUCAUCCCACAAAAUAAAAGCGAGACACCGGACAUAGACCCAGACGAUUACUUCAUCAUGGACUUCUCUCUAAAGUUAAACCACGUCAAGGCCACAGUGCCUUUGUUUGCUCCGGGGAUGACGUACAUCAACAACGCCUUGAUCAGACCCAUCGUCGGGUAUAUAAACUCCCACAGAACCUAUAUCCCAAUUAAGUGCCGUGUAGUGAAGAAGAUCGACGACUUUGAAGGAUCUUGGACCGUCUACGACUCAUACCUGAUGCAAGACCUCAGUGCGGAAGUGUACGAUGCAUUCGCAGUCUAUGUAGCUGACGACCAACAACGCUCACAACGUAUCAAGAAAGUGGGCUUCUGGUCUUUGCAAGUACUGUUACAGCUGAUACUACUUAGCCUGGGGUCCAUUGCAUAA